GAAUUCACGAUGUAGAUCUCAGAUAGAGAAAAUAAAAUUCUGAUGUACACUGUAUAUUAAAAUAAAAUGUUCGAGUUAGAGAACUCAUAGUUAUAACAUUAAUAUAAUAGUUUAUCGUAAUAAUUACUAAUUAGCAAUAGUAUCGGUUUGUCUUACAGUUAACGAUCUGAUGUGCAUUGUUUAUAGUAUGUAAAAUAGUAAUUUUGAGACUUGAAUUUUAUGUAGUUUCACAAAUAAGAAAAAACAGUUGAAACUUAGAAAAUGUCCUAAUCUAAAGUUUUGAAACUGCCUAAUAGUAAGUGUAAAUCCUGUUUCUAGUCAUUGAGAUUCAUAUUGUUGACAAAUUUAAUAUGCCUGCUGAACGCCGUUUGUGGAAAAUAGUAUUUGAUAAUUUUUUAAAAUCUCUUCAACCUAGAUUGAAAGAAAAACCAAUAGGUUCUGAUGCUCAAGGUAAUAAAUAUUAUGAGUUACAAGCCGAUCCUCGAGGUGGCCGUCGAUUGCCCAAAAGGUGGUUUGUUCCCGUUGAUGAAGAAACGGGUGUUCCAACACCUGAAUGGUCACAGUGGUUAAGAGGACGACGCGAUGAACCACCAACUCCUGAGGAAAUUGCUCAUAAUGAAGCUAUUGCAAAUAUGAAAAAAGUUAAUGCUGAAAAUAUUGCACAAAAAUUUAGACUUCCAGACUCUACAGAUAACGAGACAAAAUAUCAACAAAAUAGUAAAGGGUUUCCUGAUAUGUCUGAACAAUUUGAAAGACAACCGGGAAAUUUAAAAAGUAAAUUAAAAUAAAUUUUACUCUAUCAAUUAAUAAAAUGUAUAUUUCAAAAAUUACAAUUUGUUGUGUAUUGUUUUUUAGUGGAAUACAGUAUUAAUGUAAUAUUAUAGAAAAUAUAAUAGUUAUAUUUGGGUAUAAAUAUCUUAUUUUUUUAUUUUAUGUAAUGCUGUAUUACUAAUUGUAUACAUUUUAUGAAAUUUAGGAUUUGUUCAUAAAUAAUCUUUGAUUUUAAUAGACGAGUAACUAAUGUUAAUAUUGUGAAUGUAGAUCUUGGGA